AACCACCACCGGCGGGCCGACAGACGCCGCCCCCUCUCCCCCUAUCUGGUCUACCUUCAUCAUGUUUUACCUCUAUACUAUCGGUCAUGUUACGCAGCCGUCGGUCAAGUCUAUCUGCCAUCACUUCCCGCGGUAUACGGGGGUGCCGUGAGGCAAGAUCCACAAGCGCAGCCCGGCCAAUCACACCAUCCAAAUCUAAGGAAGUCAUCCCAUCACUUCCAGACUGGUGCGCUAUAAUCCAUUGGGGUCUGUUUGGCUGGAACGGCAGGUGAGUCGACCGUUCUGUUUAGUGAUGAUUUUACUCGGAGAAAAGGUUGUCUAAGCAUCUUCAUAACGGAAGGUAACAGUCGUUUGUGUGAUAUAGGGAAACGGAAUGGAACGGUCGUAUCCAAAAAGGCCCUUAACUUGCUCCCAGGCAAUAGUUUUGGUCCACCUCCUUACUCAAAAGAUAUAAACGGUGGUUUAUCAUCAACCAGGGGAAGGCCAAGCUUGUUGAUUGGCUAGGUCAACAUUCCGUGAGUGAACUAGUCCUUUGAUGGGUGACCAUAGAACUAAUCAGGAUAAUAAUCGCUAAAAGUGAGUGAAAUUCGGUACGGGUGAGAGGGUUGUCAGCGAAAGUCCAGAAACCGAAACCAAAGCGGGGCUGCAACGGCAACGAUAGCGGUGCCUUCACGAGCGCUGUACAGCCGUGUUCGUAAAGUUCUUAUACCCUUCCUUGCACAGUACUCCAAGAACUAUACUUAUUGACAGGAGAACAGCAGGAGCUUUUUAGAAAAUUGAUUUCGGAUAUUGUUUUUGUUUAAUUCAUAUAUUUAUUGAUUCUGGUUCAAAAACGUGCAUGCAGCUCACGCUAUGGCAUACAAAAGGCCUGAUUGAUUUCGGAUAUACUUCUAGGGAUAUUGAAAACGUUUAUCACAAUCUGUUUUACUGAAUAUGGUUCUGGAAGACUGAGGUCCUGUUUGGCAUGCAAUCCUAUGAGGGGAAGUAUCAUUUUUCUAAAAUAUGACUAUUUGGUAGGUUCUUGUACCAUGGUUUCAGACAUCUUAACUGCAUACUAAAUAAUUUGUAACAGGGAAUGGCUUGGCAAAAGAAAAAAUGUACAUAAAGCACAUGGGCAAAAGUCUUGGUGAUUGACUUAGUAA